AUGGAUGAUUUUCGUAGUACAUUGGAUGAUUGCAGAUUGGCAGAUUUGGGUUUUGUGGGCUAUCCUUUCACUUGGAAUAACAAAAGACCGGGGUUGGAAAACACUAAGGAGAGGUUGGAUAGAGUGGUGGCUAAUACAGGGUGGAAGGAAAAAUUCCAAGAAAGCUUGGUCACUCAUCUAUUCUCUCAUGCUUCUAAUCAUAGACCAGUUUUGCUACAUGCUCGGUCUAUACUGAGAUACUGGGGUAGGAACACAAGAGCAUUUCGGUUUGAAGAGGCUUGGUUGACGCAGGAUGAUUGUGAGAUGGUCAUUAGGGAGGCAUGGAGGCUAGCAGGAAACAUGGAACCGGGGUUGCUGGGAGUUAAGGAGAAAAUCAGCAAGUGUGGUUCGGAUUUGCAGGCUUGGGGUGAUUCUAAAACCCACCCAGAUGAGGUGGAAAUUAAGAGAAUCCAAAAAAGGGUUGAGGAGUUGAGCAUGGCUGACCCAACAGUGGAGAAUAGAGAUGAGUUCCUGGCUACAAGUAAAAGUCUUGAUGACCUGCUACUUAAACAGGAAAUUUACUGGGCACAAAGGUCAAGGGUCUCUUGGUUGAAGCAUGGAGACAGAAAUACUAAGUAUUUUCACUCCAAAGCCUCUCAAAGGCGGUGGAAAAAUUUCAUCCAUGGGUUAGAGAUCAGAAUAAUGACUGGGUGGAGGAACCAGAGAGGGUUGUAG